UGGUCGUCGUGGGAAAGAAAUCUCCACAUUCCACAGGCACACAUGUUCCAUGCUUUCCUCUUUCCUCACGACACGAGUUGCAUCCAGGUUGCACCGUUGGUGUUGUGAUUUGUUUAUCAUUCAUAAACAAAUUUUAAAAAAGAAUGGCGGAGCAAGAGUUUUCACAGUCUGUGCGACCGCCCCCAAGAAAGAGCAGAUCGGACACUUCCACGUUGCUCUUGUCGAAUAAUUCAAAUAGCAGUCCAAAUCACAAACCUGAAUCCAACAAAAAGGGCCCGGCGCCGCAACCACCAAAGUCUAAGCGAACUGGAGUUUGGGGAGACACUAUUUUCCAAAGCAACAAAGAGACUACCAUAGCAGCUCCAGCAAAGCUCUCCCCUGAUGCUGAUAAAGAUAUUCCAGUAAUUCCAGAUCUAGAUGAUUUGCAAGAAGAAGAGUUUGCUUCCCAGAUAGCAAAGGCUCCUUCGGUUGCAGUAAACCGUGUGGCUGCGUACAAGGAGCUUGACAGCGAUCUAUUCCAGCAUACUGCGUUUGCGAAAAUUGAAGAUAUCAGCCUGCGACUCUUAACCACAGUGCUCUCUCCUGAAUCUGAUCUCAAAGAGUCUGAUUUACCUUGGACUUGGGAGAGUUUGUUUACUGAAGUUGCGUCCCAGGUCUCAAGCGAAAACAUGAAGAGUCCUUGUGAAUAGGAUUCUAAAUCUGCACGUUGCGAUUCUAGAUUUGUAUCUCUACGCGCUAAUCUUUUAAAAUAACACUACACAAAUCCGUCCAUUUUAUGCUGUUGCACAAAGAUUUAAUUUAAUGAACCCUUUAUUGUAAAUUAGUAUUUUUGGUGGUAGCAAUGGAAUUGAGGUGAAUAAAUUGACCUAAAUAAGUGCAUUAAACUAA